UCAGACCGAUAUGUAUAAGGCCAUACCGUAUAUAGUUAAAUUGCACACGUGUAAGCAUGUAAACCCGCGCGUCAACCAUGUGGCCUACUUUUACCAGAACAAUACUCGGCCACAGAAAACUACGUAUUCGCAGGUGGAGGAGCCUGACCCGUGCAAGCAGCCUGACCCCUGCCCUCCACCGCCAAAGAACGACCGGCCGUUUUGGGGCGCUAUGGCCAUCCUCUUUACCAUGGGUUGCUUCGGUGUAUAUGCCAAACACACGCCAGAAACUCGCGACUGGCUAUCUAUAAACGCGCCCUGGUUCGACGACCUCAUCGCUAUCGCCUACCAGGAGAACAAAACUUACGAGGAACACGCCAAAGACUUCGUAAAGGCCAUCCAGGCGUAUAUGAAUAGGCCAGAACCUCCUCGACUGUGCGAUUCGGCGGGGAGACCUAUAAAACAACCGCCAAAAGAAAAGAAGAAACAAGCCAUAGAGCUGGUGUGCCCUAUAGAGGUUGAGGAAGAAGGGCCAAUACAUCCAUGUCAGAAAGCAACGAAGCCCCCAUCUCUGAAGACCAUAUGCGAGAUUGAGAAGUGUCUCCUCACUAAUGGAGAGGACUGCAUCAAUAACUACUGGACGGCGAAAGAGGCCUGCAGGGUGUACAAUGAACUGGUGGAAGAUCACCUGACGAACUUCACAUACGCAAGGUUGAAGGCCCUCCGACCAGCGAUGUUGGAACGGUUCCGGUUGCUGAAUGAACACGCGUGUGCCGCUGCAAGACAACUUAACACUUUAGAGGAACUGUGCCGUAUAAUGGAAUGUGGCAUCAGUGCGCCAAAAGACGCCAUAGAUAACACCAACGCUAUGCUGAAACAGUUCAUGGCGAAGAUCAAGGUCAUGCAGACGGAGUACGUGUGGGAGCAGGACCGCGCACUCGCCGCCGACUGCAGGUGGCAAUAUGACGCCAUGGACAACACCAACGCCAUGCUGAGACAGUUCAUGGCGAAGGUCAAGGUCAUGCAGACGGAGUACGUGUGGGAGCAGGACCGCGCACUCGCCGCCGACUGCAGGUGGCAAUAUGACGCCAUGGGCAACACCAACGCCAUGCUGAGACAGAUCAUGGCGAAGGUCAAGGUCAUGCAGACGGAGUACGUGUGGGAGCAGGACCGCGCGCUCGCCGCCGACUGCAGGUGGCAAUAUGACGCCAUGGACAACACCAACGCCAUGCUGAAACAGUUCAUGGCGAAGGUCAAGGUCAUGCAGACGGAGUACGUGUGGGAGCAGGACCGCGCGCUCGCCGCCGACUGCAGGUGGCAAUAUGUCGAAAAACUGUUGGAUCAGUACAUCAAAGAGAACGAAGUGAUGUUCCCAGGGACGGUCUACGACAGCGAAAAACCCCACAUCAUUGGCGGCACUGACCUGUUGCUGAUGCAUACACUCAAAUAUAAAGCUUUGCUAGAAACUGUCUUGCAAGCUGGUAGCCAAGCUGCCUCUGAAAGAGCGGACCGUUGCAUAGCAUCAUUACCUCAAGAUGCUAAUGCUGUAAAAGCUCGUGAAGCGCUCAUACAAAAUGAAUUUAAGAAGAAACAGGCGGAAUUGCAGCAAUGGUAUAGGAAUAAGGUGGACUGGCAGAAAGCUGAAGUCGACAAAGCUUUGAAAAAGGCGCAGGCUGAGCUCAAAGAACGCCACGAGCGCCAAAUGGUUACCUAUCUUAAACAAACGGAAGACGAGGCCAAUAAGAAGUUGGACAAAAUGGUGAAACAAGCGGUGGACGCUCAGAAGGCCAAAUUCGCUUUAGAGCUUACCGACUUGUCGCUGAAAGUUAAGGCUGUAGAGAACAAACUAGAAGCGCGUCUAAAAGCCGAGCGAGAAGCGAAGCGCUCUCAACAGCUGUGGUCUGCCGGGGCUUCCUUACUCGCUGCUUGUAAAAAAGGAGACCCGCAUGUCUGCGUGGCCAGAGAAAUCAGAGCUAUCGAAGCGGCUGUUGGUGAUAAACUUGUGCUGACCGUUCUAAAAUCGAUACCAGAGCAAGUGCGCAAGGAAGGACUGGUACCAGAGAGCGUACUGCGCGAGCGAUACCAUCUGAUGGAGAAAACGGCCAAACAUGUGGCCCUGGUGGAGUUAGAAGGCAGCCCGAUGCCAGUCUACAUCGUCUCCUGGCUUCAAUCCAUGCUUCUCUUUAUGAGGCUAUCUGGCAUUCCACAAAAGGACAUUGACAGUCCGAUAAAAACCAAAAAGGAACUUGAGGAUUUAGACACAUUCGACCGGUUAAAUUACGCCAGGUAUUGGAUAGAGCAAGGAAACUUGGCUCCAGCGCUCCGCUACGUUGAGUCUCUAGAGGGCGCCUCUCGCGUCGCCGCCGAUCCUUGGUACAAGGAUGCUAAGAGCCAUCUCGAGAUCAAGCAAGCGGCUGAGGCCGUCAUAGCUCACGCUACUGCUUUGGCCUUGCAAUAUAUUUGA